CCUGAUGUUUGCCCUUCUUUACACAUACAAAGUCUAUCUGAGAUUGGCCAAUGCACAGACAGUAGCUGUGAAGCCCCAGUAGGAGAAUGAGUGAGAGGGACAUCCGAAGCUUGAGCAAAGGGGUAUUGGUGCUCUCUCUCUGCCUUAUUACACUAUGGGGAAGGCUGACACUGGCCUCAUCGCACCACAGAAGCCAUUCAGUGCACAUAGAGCCUGGCACAUGUGAAGUCAUUGCUGCCCACAGAUGCUGCAAUAAGAACAAGAUUGAAGAACGCUCACAAACAGUGAAAUGUUCCUGCUUUCCAGGUCAAGUGGCUGGGACAACACAUGCUGCACCUUCAUGUGUAGACGCUUCAAUCGUGCUUCAGAAGUGGUGGUGCCAAAUGCAGCCAUGUCUAGAAGGAGAGGAAUGUAAGGUGCUACCAGAUUUGUCCGGAUGGAGCUGCAGUACUGGAAACAAAGUAAAGACAACCAAGGUCACACGGUAGACUUUGGAAGAUCUGCUCGUGACAGAUAUGAUGGGCAUUGACAUGGCCAACUUGGCAAAAAGGGCGCAACGUGGCCUUUGUUUAAGUGCAAGCUAUUUCUUGAAUGCUCUGCAGAGCUGGGAACAAGACGACUUUCUUGGCAAAGCAUAGAAUGCAAUUGUGGCAUAGGAUGGCUUUUUUUAAUGGGCACUUUAUUGUUCUUCCUCAAGCAUAUCUGCCAAGGGAGUGGUGCCACAGUCUGCUCCCUCCUGCUAGAACAGCACCAAGGAUUACAGAAAAGGGUUGACUGGGAAGAGAUCUUGGAAAAUUUCCUUUGUUUUUGAAGAUUAAAUAUUGCAUCAACUACUGAUUCAGUGCAGCCUCUAAGGUAUUUAACCAUCAAUUGCUACUAAGUCUACAGUUAUGGGUCUUGAAUGCAGUUACAAGAACUUCCUUCUCCACAUUUUCCUUCCAUGCUGUGGAUGUACCUGCAAGAAAAAUGCAUUUCUUCCCCUCCUGCUCAGUUAAAUAUUGGAGUUCCAUAGAAUCUCUUGAUGGCUACAGAGAAAAAGCAGCUUUCCUUCCUUUUAAUUCUCCUGUGUCUGUAGGCUGGUUAUGAUGAUUGCUAAGAGAAUCAAGGUGUUGAAUUAGUGUUGCGUUCACAGUUUAAAAUAAAAUGGGUGUUUUUACAAAAACUUCCGAAUUUAUGUUUUGUUGCUUUCAUAGCAGACAGGCUUUGCGUAAGGGUUCUGGAAACA